ACAAGAAAUCGGUAGCGUAUUAAAGAAAUGGUUUUAGUAGAAAAAGACACCUGAAAAGGACGCCUUUCUACUUUCUACUUUCUACUUUCUGCUCGCCGUUCUUGAAUUCCAUAACUGGCGCAAGAAAAAAGAGCCCAUUUAAUUUAAUCAGUUAGUGAUUAAUUAAAACGCUAAGGUUUGACGUAAAUAGAGUCAGGAAGGUAGAAUUUUUGUUGGGUUUUGAAGAAGAAGAAGAAGCAAAAUGGACAUGAGUAAUGGCAAUGGUGAUGGUGAUGUAAAGGAGUCUUUGUUGGUGGAGGGGAAGACUCAGCUGGGCGGAGCUGGGUGGCGCAGCCGGUUGUACUCCGUGAAUUCACUCAGGAAUGAGUUUAUCUCAAGGCUGCCUGAUAAGGUCAGGGGUUGUGUUGAUCUUGAGUCUUCUUCUCCUGUUGAUCUCUCCAAAGCCUCUGGCUUGACUCAAGGAGAAAAGGAUUACUAUGAGAGCCAAUUUGCCAACUUAAAAUCAUUUGAGGAGGUUGACGCUAUAGUGACAUCUGACAGACUUGAUGAGGAUGAUGUGGAAGAACAAUCCAAACAAGAACGAGCUAUGAAAAUCUCUAAUUAUGCAAAUAUUGUGCUGCUUCUAUUAAAGAUAUAUGCAACUGUGGAGAGUCGGUCCCUGGCAAUUGCUGCAUCAACACUUGAUUCAUUGCUCGAUCUGAUGGCUGGUGGCAUACUGUGGCUAACUCACCUGUCUAUGAAGAGCAUAAACAUUUACAAGUAUCCCAUUGGCAAAUUGAGGGUCCAGCCUGUGGGCAUAAUUAUUUUUGCUGCCGUCAUGGCAACACUUGGUUUUCAGGUGUUGGUCCAGGCUGUAGAACAACUAGUUGAAGAUAAACCUUCUGCAAAGAUGACCGACGAUCAGCUAGUGUGGUUGUACUCUAUCAUGAUAACUGCCACUGUAGUGAAACUUGCUCUCUGGGUUUACUGCAAAAGCUCUAGAAAUGAGAUUGUCCGUGCAUAUGCGAAGGACCACUAUUUUGAUGUGGUAACAAAUGUGGUAGGACUGGUUGCAGCUAUACUUGGUGAUACGUUCUACUGGUGGAUUGAUCCUGCUGGUGCCAUUGUUCUUGCUCUUUAUACAAUCACCAAUUGGUCUGGGACUGUACUAGAAAAUGCUGUGUCACUAGUGGGACAAUCUGCCCCUCCUGAAAUGCUGCAGAAGUUGACAUACCUUUCCCUCAGACAUCCUCAAGUCAAGCGGAUUGACACUGUCCGGGCAUACACGUUUGGCGCCCUGUACUUUGUUGAGGUUGACAUUGAACUCCCGGAAGAUUUGCCAUUGAAGGAGGCACAUACGAUUGGGGAGACCCUGCAAAUCAAGCUUGAGAAACUUCCUGAAGUUGAACGUGCGUUUGUCCAUCUUGACUUUGAAUGUACACACAAACCUGAGCACUCUAUUCUCAGCAGGCUCCCCAGCACCGACCCGUGAAUUUUCAGUUCGUGAAGUUAAUCAGGGACAGGUCCUUUGGAAAGAUCAAUAGUAGCUUUAGAAUCAUCAAAAUAGCGUUCUGGUUGAGUAUCAAGGAUCUUUCAAACAUUGUGAAAGAUGUUUUGGGCUGAAAGCGUGAUUUGAAUUUUUUCAUCGGAGUCGCAGCAAAUGGCUUUAUAACUAGAAAAAUUCCCGGCUUGAAACAUGGUUUUUUAAGUGGAAAUGGCAGGCAAUGCAGGUCCUGCCUUUCUCUUUCCAUCUAGAUCUCUACUAUAGCAGUUUUGCUUCGAUAGCUGGCCAUAUUGAAAGAGAAUCUUGUACAAUGAGUUGGCUACCAAAACCCCGGAAUCAGAAUCUUGAGUAUACUCUUGAAGUGAGCUUGCAAUACUUUUUUUUUCGGA